CCGCUGCCCGCGCUGCCCUCGCUCUCAGGCCUGCUGGCGCAGCCCGCGCCCCGCGACCUCUGGCAACUGCCCGCCUUCCCGCCGCCCCCGCCGCCCCGAUUAUUCCUGUCGCCGCCCUGUUGACGGCCUGGCCCUCGCUGUGGACCGGAAGUCUCCUUCUGGGCUAUUUGAGAAUGUAACUCAUCCGGUGUGCUGAUAAGAGAACUGGCUGGAGGUCAGGGCGGCAGCCCGGCAGAUGAAGGGAAUAGAAUUCUUGACUGGAUGCCGCAUUUUCCCUUAUGAAAUAAAGGGGCUGGAUGCCCUUGCUAAGGCCCUCCUCCAUUCCGGUUUGCAUGGCUUUCUGGAAGCGCUGAUCCUCCCUCUCACGUCUUGAGAGGUCAAAUGCUCAUCUGAAAGAGACCCAGGACCGGGGCGGCCAGGAAGGGGCAGCAAUGAUACACAAUCGUUACUGGGAUCAUACUGGGCUGGAGUAGGAGGGUCACCUGUGAGACUGUGACUCAGCGCCACGGCACAGAAGCACCUCCACGGGACAGGAGCGCCCCCACUGUGGGUCAGAAAGGAAAGUCCUGUCUCUCCUCAUGGUGACCUGCUCCCUCCCCUGCCAGCUUCUCCACAGUGUGUACAACUCAAAAUAAAGUUCUCUUUGUUCUUUAGGUGGCUGGGGGUCAAGUCUCCAGGCAGACAUCCUGUCUCAAUGGCUGUUCUGCAGCAGCCCAGCAGGAGUAUCAGGAAGCCAGGCCCAGCCUGCUUGAUGCCAGCUUUGACCUUGGGAUACCUCUGAGAGCUUGGGAGUCACAGCAAGAAGGGCAGUGUGUCUGUGUCCUGAGGCUGGCAUGACAAAGGACCACAAACUGGGUGGCUCAAAACAGCAGAAAUUCAUUUUCUCACAGUCCUUGAGGCCAGAAGUCUGAAAUCAAGGUGUCACCGGGCCCUGCUCCCUCUGAAGUUUUCCGGGGGGUGAACCUCCCUUGCCUCUUCCAGCUUCUGGUAGCCCUAGGUGCUCCUUGGCUUGUGGCUGUGUUGCAUUGAUGUCUGCUCUGACUUCACAUGAACUUCUCCCCUGUCUCUCCCAAAUCUCCCUCUGCCUUUCUCCUAUAAGGGCCUGUCAUUGGAUUUAGGGCUCAGCCUCAAUCCAAGGGAAUCUCAUUUUGUGAUCCUUAUCUUAAUUAUAUUUGCAAACACCUUUCUUUCAAAUAAGGUCACAUUCACAGUUUACAGGGUUAGAACUUGGACAUAUCUUUUUGGGGGCCGCUGUUCACCCCACUGCAGGCAGUGUCCUCUCACCUGUGAGGCUGCCUGCCCAGGACAUCUGUGGUUUAGGCCUGUCCCUCAGUGGCAGAGUUCUGCAUUCCCUUGGAGCCCUGGAGCAGGGGCUGAGGGCACUAGUGUGGAAUUAUGGCCAAGCAAGUCCCCAUUUCUGUUAGCUUGCUGCCCCUACCCCUGGCUCGCUUUACCUGAUAUAGCCGUCUGCCCCUCUCAGCUAAGACUCAGAUAUAAACAGGAAGGGAAGCAUGAAUAUAUGCUCUCAAAGAAGACAGCAUUGAUCACUGGGCCUACCCGCCCCCAAAGAAAACUCCAGACUGAUAGUGCUGAGUGCAGGGUUGAAGGUUGACAGGACUGAUAAUAAAGUUAAUUGCUACCCUGUUCCAUGGAACCUGUCCAGUUAGAGUUUACAAGUGAAACUGCCAUUAUGUUUUUGACAAAAUACCCUUGUCCCAAAUCAAUCCCUAUAGUGAUCCCCAAAGUGUGAGGGGUGCUUACUGGCUGGGAAUUGGAGUAGCUGGGGGUGGGCAAGGAGGUUUUUUCCCACCAGUUUACAGCUCAGAGUCACCUGAGAUACAGGGAAGUUUCGACUUGCCUAGCGAGGCUCUGAGUGGGGCCAACACCAGGACCAGGAGGUCUGACCUGGAGUCCCUCAGGCUGUCUCCAAAUGGCCAGAACACCUCUUUUUCCACAUGGGACAGAGAUGGUGAAAAUGAAUCAGGUGCAGGGUGGUUUCCAGUGUAAUUAGACCCUGAUGCGGUUCUCUGUGGAGAUUUCCUGGGGCAGGGAGCUACUCAAGAGUUUGGGGGAAGGGAAGGAGAAAGGGCUGGCUUUGGAGAAAUGGGGAAGAGGUGCAGGUGGGAUGCUUGUGGGAGGCUCAACUGCACUGCUGGUGGGAAAGGGGCCUGGCCUUGAAGUCAGGGUCUAAGUUUGCACCCAGACAUGUACUAUUUUCCUUCUCUGCAUUUGGCGACAUUUCCUUAGCUAGCUGAGCCUCAGUUUCCUCAUCUGUAAAACGUGGACAUGUGAGAAUUAUUUCCAGACCCCAAGGUUUCAUCUGCACAUUCUAGCAUGGGAGCCAGGGGACCUGGGUUCGGUCUUGGCUUCUCUUUCUGUGGUUCAGUUGUACAGUGGGUAUGCAGCUCCUACCCUACCCUGUAUCUUCCCUGGUGCCAGAGGGGACUCUCGGUAACCAUUAGUUUCCUUUGUCGUUGGGAUGCACUUUCCCUUCUAGAACAAGCGAGAUAGACGAUAGGGUUGGGGCUAACCCACUUCUACCCUACGCCCAUCUGAGUUGAGCUCCAGUUUCUCCUGCCAGCCUGACUCUCCCACCUCUUCUGUCCUACCAGGGAAAACAGAGGUGAGGCCGGGCUUUGUCCUUGUAUAGGGGCUGGUGGAGGGCGUGUUCCCUUGGCCAGGCCUCAGUUUCCAGCCCUCAGUGGUACCAAGGCAGUGGUGGAGAGGGUCUCCUCCCUUAGCCUUUCCCAGUGAGGCAGGUGGGGGAGGGUAUUGCAGCCUAUGAGUUAAAGUAUCAUUGAGAUGGUAAGUGCACCUAGGGGGCCACCCCUCCAUAUCAAUAGGUUUCCCAGGGUCCAACUGCAUCAGGUAGACUGGCGGGCCUAGUAGCACCUCGGCUGUGCUUUCUGUCUUAGAUCUGCCCGAGGGAAGUUGAGGACUGACGGUAGAGGCGCUCCUGCCUGCCUGCCCAAGAGUCCCAUCCUUUGCUGUGGAGGGGAGGGGGCAUCUCUUCUGACCACCCUUUUCUGGCCUCUUCGCCCUCCAAUAUUUGUUCUCCCUUUACCUGCUCUCACCUUGUGUGGAGGUGCUUUGUCUUAUGGAAGAGGGGAAGAGAGAGGGAAAUUUGGAGAGGGUGCUGCUUUAUCAGGGCGCCUUGGAGGCUAGUCCAGUGGGGAUGGUAACGGGUGUCCUCGUUCUGAGCACCCACCUCCAUGUGGCUGGCCACUUGGCUUGAGUUUAUGGCUGUUGGGGUCUAAAAUGGGGGAACAAUGCUUAUUUGUGCAUGUGGCACCUACACUGGCCCUUUUCCAUUUUUUUUUUUUUACAACCUCUGGGGUUUUGCACUGCCUGUGGAACACGUCUGCCAUUCAUGCAUGGCCCUACUGCCCAGUGACCACUGUCUUGGGCCCAGGACACGGGACCUUCAGGGCCACGACUAGGAACAUCCUGGGCGAACUGGGAUGAGUUGGUCACGUUAGGCUCCAGGCAGGAGGGGGAUUUCUCUGGGCUGGGGGCAGAGAGAAACCCCUGGGGAGGCUGAAGGACCCCUCAGAGACCUGAGCUUGCCUCCACUGCCUGACACCUGCCCAAACCUGUGUGGCUGGAUUCCUGGUAUCCCCGGAAAGCCUGCGGAGAGAGCCCCUGGACAGGCUCACCUCUAUUUGCCCUUCUCAAUCGCCCUUCCCUCCCACCCCUCAACCCUGAAAUCCGAGGCUUUCUGGGGGCUGGAGGAGCUGGACAAACCCGCCCAGGAUUCUGGUACCAGCACCCGCUGUUUUCCCAAAGGAAUGGAGCCGGGGCAGUCCCUCACACCAGACGGGGCUCUGAAGAGCAGAGAAGAACCCUCUGAAUCUACGUUCCAGACAGCUGCUUGGCACUAGCCUCAGUUUUCCUGUUUUAGAGGGGGAGAGUUCUCAAGCUUUUUGGAGUCCCAAGCCCUUUUGAUGGAAGCCAUAAACCUCAUCUCCAAAAAAUGCUAAAACCCCUUUCCAGAAGCAGUGCAUCCACUCCUGGGUUUGAAUCCUGUACUGAUCCUUGAAGAUGGAAACUUCGUUGGCCCCAGUGAAUAGGCCAAGCAGGGACAGACCCAGCCCCCUCAGGAAGGGCCGUGCAGGGCCCUGUGUUCCUUGGAUGCCCAGACGAUGCCCCUGGCCAGUCUGCACCAGCUUCACCCCAGCCCUCCCAGGCCUGGCCCCAGGCGUGGAGGUGAGCGUCUCUCCCAGACAAGACCCCCCCUCCUCCCGCCCCGUGGCUUUAGGAAUCCUACUACCACUCUGCAAAGUGAAUAAGGGGAUUUUCAUCACACUCUCCCUUUUCAGAUGAUAAUACUAGGAAGGGGCUCUUAGCACUCAGGGAGGGGCUGGAGAGACUUCACAACCCCUCCCCCGAAAUGAGGGGCAUACGUUUGUGGUGGUAGAUUCCAAGGGUACUAUGAGGUUUCUCAAAAUGGCCUUUGACUCAAGGAGGUUAAGGAUCUUGACCUUACAUGAUCUGACCCAGGAGGAGGGUGGAAUUUGAAUUCUGGUCUGUGUGAUUCUCAGGUUGCGCAGCCCACAGGGGGAGUCAAGGGCUCCUCAGGUCUUCAGGAGGGGAGGUCUUUCCUGCAGACUGGAGGCAGGGCUCAGGGGCUCAUGGAGUCACCCUGGGUUUCACCCCCUUGCCUACCUCCAUGGUGUCUCAGCCAGAGAGGCCUGACUGCUGGCCACUCAGUCCCCAUGACAGAGAGCCAGCUACGUAUUGGGGCUGCACCCCCACCAGGGCUCCUGCCUCCUCCCCCUAUAACCCCCAUGUGUCCCCCCCUCCAUACUUCCACAAGAGGCUCUUUACCCUGGCUCAGCCCCCCAGCUUCAGCAGUGGUGGAGGGGAGGGCACACCUGAAUGAAGGUAGCAGUGUGUGUGGGGUAGUUUCUAGGCCGUUGCCUGGGCGAUGCCAUCUGAGCUGGGCGCCAGGCGCCUGUCGUCCAGGGAACGGGGCGGGCGGGGCCCCUCCCUCGGGAACCACUAAGGCCACUGGGCGGAGACUGGAGACAGAUCAGAUUCCGGAGAGUUCAGGACGGGGUGUGCCAUACUGGGGGGACUGGGGGCAUUUGCAUUAUGAAACGAGGGGAGAGAGCAAAAAUGUUGGGGGGGGGCGGCUGGGGAGAAGGAGGCAGGCCCGGGACUCCCCCCCAUUGCUGACCCCAUGGCCUGUCCUCAGAUUACUGCUCACACGAAAUUCUUUGUUGCCCUGUCCCUUCCUGGUCGCUAUAUUCGCCACAACUGGUCCGAAGGGACCCUCAGCCCACCACCGGCCCAUGGCACCGCUAGCCCCGCCUCCUCCCCGGCACGCGAUUCCCCAGGUUCCCCAAUUGCGGCCUCCCCUCUCUUCACUUGCUCCUCCCCCAUCUCAGCCUUAAAUCCCCCCCUCCACCUGCCACUGAGUGGCAGAGUCCCCAGGUGGCAUCUGGUGGAGGGUGCAGUGCUCAGCGCGGACCCGCACCCGCUGGGAGGCAGCACAGGUGGGUCCGGGUCUGUGUGAGCUCAGUGCGAUAGGUGGCAGCUGGGUUGUCACUGCAACAUCGGUGAAACAGAGCAUCUGAUGGGCCACAGCCCCUUGCAGGGACACAAGCUGCUGGACUGGGCAGAAGGUGAGGCUGAUCAGUGUUGAGCGAGGGUCCCACACACCUGCGAGAGGAGAGGCCCACAGAUGUGAGGACUGUCCUGGGGAGGACACUGACGACCUCCUCCUCCUGCUGGGCACUGAGACCCCCACCUGGCGUCUCACCACCCCUGAGUCAACCAGACUACCUGGCUUAGGAAAACCUAACUGAGGGGGCAGAUGGCUUCAACUGGGCUUGAACUGCUGGGGAUGACCCUGGCUGUGCUGGGCUGGCUGGGGACCCUGGUGUCCUGUGCACUGCCCCUGUGGAAGGUGACUGCCUUCAUCGGCAACAGCAUCGUCGUGGCCCAGGUGGUGUGGGAGGGGCUGUGGAUGUCCUGCGUGGUGCAGAGCACAGGCCAGAUGCAGUGCAAGGUGUAUGACUCGCUGCUGGCGCUGCCUCAGGACCUGCAGGCUGCCCGAGCCCUCUGUGUUGUCGCCCUCCUGCUGGCCCUGCUCGGCCUGCUGGUGGCCAUCACGGGUGCCCAGUGCACCACAUGCGUGGAAGACGAAAGCGCCAAGGCUCGCAUCAUGCUCACGGCAGGCACCACUCUCCUUCUCUCGGGAGUCCUGUUGCUCAUCCCUGUCUGCUGGACAGCCCACGCCAUCAUCCAGGACUUCUACAACCCCCUGGUGGCCGAGGCGCUCAAGCGUGAACUGGGCGCCUCCCUCUACCUGGGCUGGGCAGCGGCUGCCCUGCUUAUGCUGGGUGGGGGGCUCCUCUGCUGCACAUGCCCCCCACCCCAGAUCAACCGGCCCCACGGACCCAGGCUGGGCUACUCCAUCCCCUCCCACUCAGGCACGUCCGGGCUGGAUAAAAGGGACUACCUGUGA